CCUCUCUCUGUCUCAAUCACAAUGUCGUGCGUCGAGCCUGAUAACUUCCAGCACAUUCUCCGUGUCCUCAACACCAACGUUGACGGCAAGCGCAAGAUCGUCUACGCGCUGACUGCCAUCAAGGGUGUGGGCCGCCGGUUCUCCACCAUGGUGUGCAAGAAGGCCGACAUCGACACCACCAAGCGCGCCGGUGAGCUGACGCCCGAGGAGGUCGAGAAGGUUGUGGACAUCAUCACCGACCCCAUGAAGUUCAACAUCCCCGAGUACUUCUUCAACCGCCAGCGCGACUUUGCCACCGGCAAGACCAUGCAGCUGUACUCGAACAACGUCGACAUGAAGCUCCGUGAGGACCUCGAGCGCCUCCGCAAGAUCCGCGCCCACCGUGGUAUCCGCCACCUGCUCGGCAUCCCGGUCCGUGGCCAGCACACCAAGACCACCGGCCGCCACGGCCGCGUCGUCGCCAUGCGCAAGUAG